CAUGUACAUGCCCACUCUCAGUUGGUCGCCGUAAUUGUAAUUGUCGCGUUUUUUUUUUGGAUUCCUGGCGCUAUGUAACUACGAGGCGCGUAAUACGUAUCGUGUCGAUUAGCGAUUAACGAUCGAUAACUUUUGGUGUCGAUCAAACAAAAUGGCGACGGCGCAAUCGGAAACGGAAGCGGGCAUGCCGGCCGAGCAGGCCCAUGUGACGCAGAGGCAGCGCAAAGGCGGCACGGGAUCGGGAGCAGGAUCACCAAAGAGUAACCGGAGCUCUCCCAGUCAGGAGGAGACCAAGGCGAAGAGCGAAGAUCGCCACUCGCCGGCUGGGCCCGGUUCCGGUGGUGGAGUCAAGGACGAGGACAAAGACAACCCGGGGGCAAGCGGUGCUGGAGGAUCCUCGCCCGUCAGUUCGCCGCAGGGCAGGAGCUCCUCGGUGGCGUCGCCCAGCUCCACAUCGCAGCAGUUCUGCCUGCGAUGGAACAACUACCAGACCAACCUGACCACCAUCUUCGAUCAGCUGCUCCAGAACGAGUGUUUCGUGGACGUGACCCUGGCCUGCGACGGCCGUUCCAUGAAGGCUCACAAGAUGGUCCUGUCAGCUUGCUCGCCAUACUUCCAGACCCUCCUGGCCGAGACCCCCUGCCAGCAUCCCAUCGUGAUCAUGCGGGACGUGAACUGGUCGGAUCUCAAGGCCAUUGUGGAGUUUAUGUACCGCGGCGAGAUUAACGUCAGCCAGGAUCAGAUAGGCCCUCUGCUGCGGAUCGCGGAGAUGCUGAAAGUGCGCGGCCUGGCGGAUGUCACCAACAUGGAGGCUGCCACAGCAGCUGCCGCCGCCGCCUCCGAGGGGCGGAUUCCAUCCCCGAAGGAGGGAACCUCCUCAUCCAGGACUGAAACGGAGCGGGAGGCCGAGGAGCUGCUGGCCUUUAUGCAGCCAGAGAAGAAGUUGCGCACCGACUGGGAUCCCGCUGAGCUGAGACUGUCGCCGCUGGAGCGCCAGCAGGGCAGGAACGUGAGGAAGAGGCGGUGGCCCUCGGCGGAUACGAUCUUCAAUCCCCCCGCCCCACCCAGUCCACUGAGCAGCUUGAUCGCCGCCGAGAGACUGGAGCUCGAGCAGAAGGAGCGCGAAAGGCAGCGGGACUGCUCCCUGAUGACGCCGCCACCCAAGCCGCCGAUGAGCAGUGGUGGGGUGGGAGUGGGAGCUGCAGGAGCAGCCAGGCGCCUCGAAACCGCCAUCCAUGGCCUGGAGAUGCCCUCCCCCUCAGCCACUCCGGGACCUCUGUCUCGAUCCUCGCGCACUCACUCGCAGAGUCCCCAGCAGCAACCGGGUGCCGGUCAGCAUCCGCUGCCGCUACCCCUCCACCCACACCAUCAUGCACCACCUGCCCCCCACCCCGCCCAGGCGGCAGCUACCGCCCACCAUCCGCCAUCGCCCGCUGCUGACUCGCGGUUUCCCCUCGGACCUGCCGCCGCCAUGGCCGCUGCCAUGGAGCUCAGCGGCCUGGGACCCGGACCUCCCGCCGAGCCACGCCUACCGCCUCCACCGUCGCACCAUCAUGGCGCUGGCGGUGGAGGAGGGGGCGGCGUAGGAGGCGGAGGAUCAGGAUCCGGAGGAGGAUCCUCGCUGGCCGAUGACUUGGAGAUCAAGCCGGGAAUCGCCGAAAUGAUUCGAGAGGAAGAAAGGGCCAAAAUGAUGGAGAACUCUCACGCCUGGAUGGGUGCCACUGGAUCUACGCUGGCAGCAGACAGCUACCAAUACCAGUUACAGUCCAUGUGGCAAAAGUGCUGGAACACCAACCAGAACCUGAUGCAUCAUAUGCGCUUCCGCGAGCGAGGUCCUCUCAAGUCCUGGCGACCCGAGACCAUGGCCGAGGCCAUCUUCAGUGUACUGAAAGAGGGCCUCUCUCUGUCGCAGGCCGCCCGCAAAUACGACAUUCCGUAUCCCACUUUCGUCCUGUACGCCAAUCGGGUGCACAACAUGUUGGGACCAUCGAUCGAUGGUGGGCCGGAUCUGCGGCCCAAGGGGCGGGGCAGGCCACAGCGGAUUCUGCUGGGCAUUUGGCCGGACGAGCAUAUUAAGGGUGUUAUCAAGACGGUGGUGUUCCGGGACGCCAAGGACAUUAAAGACGACAGCAUCGGCUCCCAUUUGCCGCCCUACGGACGUCACUCGCCCGUGUUUCCCCUGCAGGACCUCUCCCUGAGCUAUCCUGGCGCGAGUGGCGCCCUGGCCGCGCCGCCCAGCUCCCUGGCCUGUCCGAACGGCAGCGGUCCUCAAGGCGGGGUUGGAGGAGAGCCGCACAUGUCGCAGGAGACUGCCGCAGCGGUGGCCGCCGUGGCGCACAACAUCCGGCAGCAGAUGCAGAUGGCCGCGGCCGUGCAGCAUCAGCACGGGGAGGCGGGGCCGCCGCCCGUUCCACCCGGCCUGUUCAACCUGCCCCCUCAUCCGGGGGUGGGCUCGGUGGCCGUUCCGGGAUCGGGUGGAGGCAGGGCCAGCAUAUCGCCGGCCUUGAGUAGUGGCAGUGGUCCGCGUCACGCGCCCUCGCCCUGCGGUCCCGCUGGCCUGUUGCCGAAUCUGCCGCCCAGCAUGGCCGUCGCUCUGCACCACCAGCAGCAGCAGGCGGCGCACCACCAGCAGCAGCAACAGGCGGCGCACCACCACCUGCAGCAGCUCCACCUGCAACAACAGCAGCAGCAAGCCGCCCACCUGCACCACCAGCAGCAGCAACAUCAGCAGCACCACCACCACCAGGUGCCCCACAAAUCCGUCGGCGGUAGUGGUGGUGGUGCUGGUGGUUUCGGUGCCAGUUCCUCCUCUCAAUCCUCGACCCAUCCCUCCAAGGCCAAGGGAAGUCCUCUGCGCAGCGAAACCCCCCGGCUGCACUCUCCACUCGGCGAUCUCGGCCUGGACAUGGCCGGCUACAAGAGGGACUUUUCGCCCAGUCGACUCUUUGCCGAAGAUCUGGCCGAACUUGUCGGCGCCAGUGUCUCGUCCUCCUCAUCCUCCCAGGCAGCUGCAGCCGGUGCAGGGGCCGGAAUUGAUAGAUCCGGAGCGGGAUCCUCUGGAGUGGAUGCCCCCAGUUCUUCGAGUGCUGCGCCAGGAGCCAUCAAGGUGGAGCCCAUCACCACGACUAGCGAGUAAUAAGGAUUUAAAAAGCGAAAUGAUUAAUGAAAGUUAUGAAAGGAUGAGUGAAAGGAAGGGAUCUAAAAUCUGAAGCCCAUCAGGAGCUGCUCCCAGCAGCUUUAAAAGCACAUCUGUAAGCACCUACACCUUG